CUUAUGGACAUUGUCUUCAAUACUGACCCUUGUCGGCUCUGGCAACCCUGGAUUUGGAAAGCCCUGCUUUGGUCCCUGGCCCCAUGUGCCUUAUCAACGCUUCAACGCCUCUACCGGCGGAUAACGGAUGCCAACCCGAUAUGCUCGAUUAACUCACCGCCACGGCGCUGAGCGAGGCCGCCCAUCACCCAUUUCAUCGAGGCAAGGAUGCCGAGCGUGGCACGCGUGGCAAGCUCUAACCACAUGCAUCUGGCAUAUGCCAACUCAAAGCAGACGUUUGACAGUUUGCGAACGAGCUGACUUUCUACGAUAACAAGUAGCUCGAAGCCUCGAGCAGAGCGGCAGACCGAGUGCAAGUGCAAACGCUAUGCCUCCUUCCCCGACAAGACCUGCGGCAGGCUGCUGAGUUCCAUCGUACGCACACCUCAAAUGGGUCGAUGUCAUCCCCUUUACAAGUCGAUAUGCUCGUUGCACCUGUUGCCGUUUGAUAGUUGUGUUUUUAACGAAACUACGAGCUGAGGUUAUGCCAUGGAACCGAUAGGGCUAGCUGCAUAUUGCCGUCCACGAUGGGUUAUUCCUCAUAGUAGGUAUUGAUCUUUGACAAAGAGGCAUUUUCCCUCCCUCUCUCGAUAUAUCUCUCUCUCACACACCAUAGGUUCCCGCCAAUUGUAGCCACGUGUGUGCCUACAGGCAGCUAGGAACUUUGUGCGUGUCAGCAAUAUCGUGAUGAUAAUGUCGGUGGGAUCUAAGCCCAUGGCAUUUUUUGGUCUCCUUCCAUCCUCUCCACCCUUGGGACCACAUGAAUUCUCUCCCACGUGCCGUCAACGCUUUAUCGGAGUUGAGAAAAGGAAUGUGAGUACUCCUCCAAGCAAUUCCUCAGUAUUACCGGCCAAUCCGCCGAUGAUGUACUAGGAUUGCUUGGUACGGCGGUUACAGGACCAACCAAAAUGCUUCGAUUUCCGUGGCUCCUAACAGCGCGCCCUCCACCAAUAGCCCAGCCUCGUUCGUUGACACAAAUGCCUGGACUCCCCUCAUCAACAGCCUGAGGAGAUGAUUUGGAUGUAGAAACAUCCGAAAUGCAGCGCUCAUCCUCUUCUGCAGAUUGAACACUGAAUGAGACCGACUCAGUCAAAAAUCGCGAGCUCAAAAUGGCCGGCUUUGGCGACACCAUCGACUCACUUCUGGAGACAUAUUCCAAGUGUCUGUGUCUCCUGAAGGGCCUAAAGGAAGCUCGUGGGAACAAGCAGCCUCGACAACUUCGAAGAAGCAUUCGCUCUGACAGGUCCAAGGUCCGAAGUGUAUACUCUUCAAAGCUGUCCGUGGCUGGGACUCAUCUUGAAAAGGGUGACGCCGUGGCUCGAUCUUCUGUGCGAAGAGUGAUUAAACGUCUUACAUCGGCCACGACCAACUUGCUUCAUCUCAUGACCAGAGGCCAGAACCCCGUCAUUGACUACCAGUCACUCAAGACUCUGUCCAACUCAUCGCGUGUCGACGCUGUCAAAGCGAUCAAUGACCUGUCACGGAGACUUAGCACUCCGUCCUUGAAGUCUAGCUCAUCCGGGUCAAGUAAGAAGCACAAGCAUUCGAAGAGGAUGCUUGCGGCAGACAGCAAGUCCAAGUUGAAGGACAGGGAAGCCCCCGAGCGCAACCUUCUCAAGUCUGCGGCGGAGGCGAACGGAACAGAGACCAAACCUGGAGAACCUAGCUAUGCACAGCACCUCAAAGCCGAGAAACGUAUGUCCAUGGCAACGAUGUCAUCAGGCAGCACCAAGCUUGGCGAAAUUGCCCCCAACAGGUUGCGACGAAGGCUAUCGGAAAAGCCGGCAUCGACAGAUCAGUUCAGCGUGGCGCCAACAUACCCGUUGAGACCUUACCAUCAACCGGAGGUCAAACGCAAGAGGCUGUGGGGACUUUUCGGGUGACGAUGAACUCACAUCUUGAUAAGGGCGUUUACUCUGCCUAUGGAUACUGGGAGCCACAGAGCCACAGAAAGCAGUCUGAACAACGCGCAGGAACAUAUGAUGAAGGACCACGAAAUCCAACCCAAACAGCUAUAACGGGGAGUAAUUGGAUGGGAUAUGAUUCACGAAAAUAACGAUAUACGCAAAUCACGACGCCGAUAUAGGCGGACAGGAAGGCCAGAUAUGAGUAUCUAUAAUAGCACAGGUUUUAGGCGAGGAGCUCUGCAUUGCGAUGCAACCGCGGGGUAAGAGCAAUAAUCUACAGAUUGAUGAUGAAUGAAGCCCUCAAUCAAAGCCGCAUAAACCCGGGGCAUCAUAGAUAGAUACACGGAUCAGAAAUGGCAAGGUUGUGUGACCUUGAACUCUGCAAAUCUGACCAAGACUAAUAUCGCUGUCGGGAGUGGUUCAUACGACAAGCGCUGUUAAGGGGGAAAAAACCACAUUUGGAAAAAUAAAAUAAAAAUAAAGUAAAGAAGACCGGC